AUGGAUACAUCAAGUGAAGGAGACCAUGAAUUAGCACCAAAUGAUAUUUCAUUCAAUACUAUACCAUUUUCAUUAAAUUUUCAUCCAACUGAAGAUUUAUUAGUAGUAUCAGAUGCUGAAGGUAGAUUAAAAUUAUUUAAAUAUUCUCUUGAUGAAAAUGAGGUUAAACUUUCAUUAAGACCACAUCAAUCAGGUUGUAGACAAGCAAAUUUUUCAAGUGAUGGAAAAUAUAUUUUCACUGCAUCAUCUGAUUGUUCAAUGAAAGUAAUUGAUAUUAAUACAGGUUCAAUUUUAUAUACAAGAGAAGAAGCACAUGAUUAUCCAAUAAAUUGUUUAGUUAGUAAAGAAUUUAUGGUUUUUACAGGUGAUGAUGAAGGUACAAUUAAAGUAUGGGAUAUGAGACAACAAAAUAUAGUAUGUGAAUUUCAAGAACAUGGUGAUUUCAUAUCAGAUAUUACAACUAUUGAUGAUAGACAUAUAGCUGCUACAUCUGGUGAUGGUGGUGUUUCAAUUUAUAAUUUCGUUAGAAAAUCAAUGGAUGAUAUCUCUGAAAAAUCUGAUAAUGAAUUAUUAUCAUGUCUUUCUUUAGAUAAUGGUCAAAAAUUAGUAUGUGGAUCACAAGAUGGUUCAAUUUUAAUAUACGAUAGAAAUAAUUUAGAAAAUGUUAAAAAGUUUGCAGGACAUCCACAAUCAGUUGAUGCAUUGGUUAAAGUUAAUAAUAAUACAUUUUUUUCAGGUUCAAGUGAUGGUAUCAUUCGUUUUAUUGGUUUGAGACCAAAGAAAUUAUUAGGUGUAGUUGGUGAACAUUCAACAUUCCCAAUUGAACGUAUGGCAAUAUCAAGAGAUAAUCGUUAUUUAGGUAGUAUUUCUCAUGAUUUUAGUUUAAAGUUUUGGAAUGUUGCUAGUUUCUAUGAAGAGGAUGAAAGUGAAGAUGCUGAUUCUGCAAAUGCAAAUGCAAAUGAAAUUGAAAAUGACGAUGAUGAUGAUGAUGAUGAUGAUGAAAUUGAAGAUAUUGAGAAUGCUACUAAAGUCGAUGAUGAUAGCGGUAGUGAAAUGGGUGAUGACGACGACGAUGAUGAUGACGAAGAACAAGAGGAAGAAGAGGAAUCUUCAUCCGAUGAAGAUAUUAAACGUAAAAAACCUCAACAAAAUCCAAUUAAAGCUCAACAAAUUGAAAAACAAAAACAAAAACAAAAUCAAAAAAGAAGUUUCUUUAAAGAUUUAUAA